CCAAGGUGGGAAUGGGUUACAAUUCAGGGUGGUCAGGGAAGGCUCGCUGAGAAGGUGACAUUUGGGCAAACUCUUGAAGGAGAUCAGAGAGGGAGUGUAGAUGUCUGGAAGGAGGAGUAGACCAGGCAGAGGACACAGCCCAUGCAAAGGCCCUGGGGCAGGACCAGGCCUGGUUCAUUGGAGGAACAGCAAGGAGACCCGUGUGUCUGGAGCAGAGCAGAAAACUUCCUACAGAUAGUGGAGACCUGCGGCCAAUCCCUGGGCUUCCAGCUGCGGGAGCACCAGGGAAACCAGGCAUUCCCCAGUGAGCAGCCCAACCAGGACCCCCAGCACCCAGAGGCCAAGACCGCACAGCCCUCCAGUCUCCAGGGGCCAGACUUCGAAGACAUCAUGGCCACGAGGUCAUCCGACUGGCUCCAGCAGACCCCCGGAGUGGACGACAACGCAGGCCACCAGCUAGACAUGCGGCCGUCCUGGGACUCGGAGCCCCGGUUUUGGCAGGAUGUUCUGACAGAGCAGCUCUGGCAGAUUUUUGCUGGGACCCAGGACCAGGGGGAGCACCCGAGACGCAGGACGACAGAGCAGGCGCCAGGCCAGGAAAGCCAGGAGCCAGCACCACGACACUUGGGAGUGAAACUGCUCCCCAAGGACACUUUGGUUCUCAGCCCAGUGACGCCCUCCCCCAGCUCCUCUGAGGGCUCCCGAAAGGGAAGCACAGGACUGGGCACUGUAGGAGAGGGGGUGUUCUCCCGCGUGACCCAGGAGCUUGCCGUAAAAUCCUAUCAAUUUCUGAAGCGCAUAUGCUGGGACCCUGAGGACUUUGAAAACACGUGGAAUAGGCCUGAUGCCUUGCCCUGGCAGUCCAAGAAGCUGGCCGUGCCACACAGAGUGGAGAAGAUGCGGAGGCUAGAACACGGGGAACCCGUGCUGGCCACGGCCGUCAGCAGCUUCACGCGGCACGCCUUCACCUGCGGCAGGGGCGGCGUCAAGGUGUGGAGCCUGGUCGGCCAGGUGGUGGAGGCCAAGUUUCCGGAGAGCUACCUGCGCGUACAGACCCAGGGGGCCUACCUGCGCACCUGCUUGCUGUUCUCAAACAGCACGGCCCUGCUGACGGGCGGCCACAACCUGACCAGCGUGAGCCUGUGGGACCUGACGGCACCUUCCCUGUACGUGAGAGUGGAGCUGCCCUGUGCGGGCCUCACCUGCCAGGCCCUGGCUGCCAGCCCUGAGGACAACCUGGCCUUUGCCGGCUUCACCGAUGGCAGCGUCAGGAUCUGGGACCUGCGGAACCAGAGUGUGGUCAGGGACCUGCCGGGUCACCUGAACGGUGCCAAGAGCAUCGCUGUCAAAGACCAGCACAUCUGGACGGGGGGUCUGGACGCCUGCCUGCGGUGCUGGGACCUGAGGACCACUGGGGAGCCCCAGGAAUACCAGUUCGAGUCUCAGAUAAUGAGCCUGUCCCCCAGCCCCUGGGAGGACUGGGUGCUGGUGGGCACAGCCAACGGCCAGCAGUGGCUGCAGCCCAGCCUCGGGGGCCAGAAGCACAUGGUGGGGUGUAAGGACGGCACUAUCCUCGGUCUCAAGUUCUCCCCGCUGGGCCAGUGGUGGGUGAGCGUGGGGACGGACAACCUGGUCAGCGUCUUCAGCAUGCCCAUGGGGACCACGGUGGUCCAGGUACCCGAGACGUCCUCCAUCAUGUGCUGCGACGUGUCCCCCAGCAACCACCUGAUCGUCACGGGGUCCAGGGACCACGCCUCAGUGUACCAGAUCACAUACUGA